GCAGCGGCCGGGGCGCGGCGGGAGCCCUCCUGAGGCCGGCGGGUCGGGUGCUCUGUGCCCAGUCGCUCGUCGCGGCCGGGCCCGCCAGCCGGGCCCACCAGCCGGGAUGCAGGCGCGCGCGGGCCCCGCGGGGGCGCAGCGCGGGCGGCGGGCGCGGGGCGGCGGGCACCGGCGGGCCCCCGGGGGCGCGGCGCUCUGGCUGCUCCUGCUGGUGCAGGUGGGGGUGCAGGCACCUUCGUGCGCCGUGGGACCCGCAGCCGCCUCGCCGCGGAGCCCGAGCGUCCGGCGUCCGCCCGGCCCCACGGAGCGGCCGGGCUGGGGGCCUGAGGGCGAGUAUGACUUGGUGUCUCCUUAUGAAGUGGACCGCAAUGGCGACUACGUGUCCCACGACGUCGCGCACCCCCAGAGGAGGAGGCGGGCACUGGCCCAGCUCAGCGCCGACCCCGACUCCCUUUACCUCCGGCUGAGAGGCUUCAGGCAUGACUUCCACAUGCAGCUGAGAGUGUCCAGCCUGCUGGUGGCCCCCGGGUUCGUAGUGCAGACCCUGGGGAAGGGCGGCGCCAAGUCGGUGCAGGCUUUCCCGCCCGAGGAUUUCUGUUUUUAUCAAGGCUCCUUAGAGUCACACAAAAAUUCCUCAGUGGCUCUUUCAACCUGCAAAGGCCUGUCGGGCAUGAUAAGAACACAAGAAGCAGAUUACUUCCUAAAGCCGCUUCCUUCCCACCUGGCAGGGAGACUCAAGGGCUCCCCGGGCGGCGGGCCUCCGUCGCACAUACUGUACAAGAGGUCAGCAGAGCUGCGGGCUCUGGGCGCCCCCCAGGUGGCGGUGGUCGCGAGGGGUCGCAAGCUGAACCAGCACCCCUUCCGCGUUGGCCGGUGGCACCUCCACAGCAGCCUGCCCCCAAGGCACCCACAGAAGCAGCAUUUCUGCGGAAGACGCAAGAAAUACAUGCCCAAGCCCCCCGGGGAAGACCUCCUCAUCCUGCCUGACGAGUACGCGUCUUGUUCACGGCACAAACGCUCUCUUCUGAAGUCCCACUGGAAUGAGGAGCUGAACGUGGAGACAUUGGUGGUGGUUGACAAAAAGAUGAUGCAGACCCACGGCCACGAAAACAUCACCACCUACGUCCUGACGAUCCUCAACAUGGUGUCUGCUUUAUUCAAAGAUGGAACAAUAGGCGGAAACAUCAACAUUGCAAUUGUCGGUCUGAUUCUACUAGAAGAAGACCAGCCAGGGCUGGUGAUAAACCAUCACGCGGACCACACCUUAAGUAGCUUCUGCCAGUGGCAGUCUGGGCUGAUGGGGAAAGAUGGAAUGCGCCAUGACCACGCCAUCCUGCUCACCGGUCUGGACAUAUGCUCCUGGAAGAAUGAGCCCUGCGAUACUCUGGGAUUUGCCCCUAUAAGUGGAAUGUGUAGCAAGUACCGCAGCUGUACUAUCAAUGAGGACACGGGCCUCGGACUGGCUUUCACCAUCGCGCAUGAGUCUGGACACAGCUUUGGCAUGGUCCAUGAUGGAGAAGGGAAUGUGUGCAAAAAGUCUGAGGGCAACAUAAUGUCUCCGACAUUGGCAGGACGCAACGGGGUCUUCUCCUGGUCACCCUGCAGCCGCCAGUACCUGCACAAAUUCUUAAGCACUGCCCAAGCUGUGUGCCUUGCUGAUCAGCCAAAGCCCAUGAGGGAAUACAAGUAUCCUGAGAAGCUGCCUGGGGAGUUAUACGAUGCAAACACGCAGUGCAAGUGGCAGUUUGGAGAGAAAGCCAAGGUCUGCAUGCUGGAUUUUAAAAAGGAUAUCUGUAAAGCCCUAUGGUGCCACCGGAUUGGAAGGAAAUGUGAGACUAAGUUCAUGCCAGCAGCAGAAGGCACUAUUUGUGGGCAUGACAUGUGGUGCCGUGGAGGACAGUGUGUGAAAUAUGGCGAUGAAGGCCCCAAGCCCACACACGGCCACUGGUCAGACUGGUCGCCCUGGUCCCCGUGCUCCCGGACCUGUGGAGGUGGUGUGUCCCACAGAGACCGCCUGUGCACAAACCCCAAACCGUCACACGGAGGGAAGUUUUGCGUGGGCUCUGCACGCAUGCUGAAGCUCUGCAACAGCCAGGCCUGUCCCCAGGGCAGUGCUGACUUCCGUGCCCUGCAGUGCGCCGAGUACAACAGCCACCGCUUCCGGGGAUGGCACUACAAGUGGAAGCCUUACACACAAGUGGCAGAUCAGGACUUAUGCAAACUCUACUGUAUCGCAGAAGGAUUUGAUUUCUUCUUUUCUUUGUCAAAUAAAGUCAAAGAUGGGACUCCAUGCUCGGAGGAUAGCCGUAAUGUUUGUAUAGAUGGGAUAUGUGAGAAAGUUGGAUGUGACAAUAUCCUUGGAUCUGAUGCUGUUGAAGACUUGUGUGGUGUGUGCAAGGGAAACAACUCAGACUGCAUGACACACAAGGGCCUCUACGCCAAGCACCAUCACACCAACCAGUAUUAUCAGAUGCUCACCAUUCCCCCGGGAGCCCGGAGUAUUCGCAUCUACGAAAUGAACAUCUCUACCUCCUACAUUUCUGCGCGCAAUGCCCUCCGAAGGUACUACCUGAAUGGACACUGGGCUGUGGACUGGCCUGGACGAUACAAGUUUUCAGGCACCACCUUCGACUACAGACGGUCCUACAAAGAGCCAGAGAGCUUGACCUCUGCCGGACCAACCAACGAAACACUGAUCGUGGAGCUGCUGUUUCAGGGAAGGAACCCAGGCAUUGCCUGGGAAUACUCGCUGCCUCGGCUGGGCAGUGAGAAGCAGCCCAGCACCCAGCCCAGCUAUACAUGGGCCGUCGUCCGCUCCCAGUGCUCUGUGUCCUGUGGAGGGGGGCACAUGACCACGAGAGAAGGCUGCUACCAGGACCUGCAGUUUCCAGUGAACAGCUCAUUCUGCAGCCCCAGCACACAGCCUGCCACAGGGGUGGUGCCCUGCAAAGUGUCUGCCUGUCCUCCCAGCUGGUCCGUGGGGAACUGGAGCACCUGCAGCCGGACGUGCGGUGGGGGCACCCAGAGGCGCCUGGUCCAGUGCACACGGCGGGCACGCUACAAAGCAGAGCGGGUCUCAGCCAGCCUGUGUCCGCAGCCUGCACCCUCCAGCCAACAGGCCUGCCACUCCCAGAACUGCCCACCUGUUUGGAGCACUGGGCCCUGGACAGAGUGCUCGCACACCUGCGGGAAGGGGUGGAGGAAGAGGACUGUGGUCUGCAAGAGUACCCAACCCGCAGCCAGGGCCCAGCUGCUGCCCCACGCCGUCUGCCGCUCAGAGCCCAAGCCCCAGACUCACGAAGCCUGUCUGCUUAAGCGCUGCCACAAGCUCAAAAAGCUGCAGUGGCUUGUGACCUCCUGGUCCCAGUGCUCUGCCACAUGUGAACGAGGGGCACAAAGGAGAUUCUUAAAAUGUGCUGAAAAGUACAUUUCCGGAAAGUACCGAGAGCUGGCCUCCAAGAAGUGCUUGCACUUGCCGCAGCCCGGGCUGGAGCUGGAACGCCCCUGCACCCUGUUUCCCUGCCCCAAGCACCGUCUGUAUGCAGCUGGAGGCCCCCCGCGUGCCAGCUGGGUUGCCUCGCCCUGGUCUCAGUGCACAGCCAGCUGUGGGGGUGGCGUGCAGACGCGGUCCGUGCGGUGCCUGGCAGGGGGCCGGCCGGCCUUGGGCUGCUUCAUUCCCCAGAAGCCUGCAGCCUCCCUGGCCUGCAACACUCACUUCUGCCCCAUCGCAGACAAGAAAGGUGCCUUCUGCCAGGACCACUUCCACUGGUGCCCCUUGGUGCCCCAGCACGGCAUGUGCAGCCACCAGUUCUACGGCGAGCAGUGCUGCAGGGCUUGCUCCACGUCCAACCUGUGAGCCCAGUCGGAGCCCCUCCCUGGGCAAAGGGGUGCCUGUUUUCAGCAUACCUGAGCUGUGCGGUCUACAUUGGCAGUAUCAUGGAAGACGGAAGACGGGGGACGGAGCCCUGUGUUAGGCUCUUGGAUAACACUGUGCAGGGUGUGGGUGUGAGCCAGGAGUGGGAGUGCAUCCCUGUGCACACAAAUGCACACUAUCAUGUUGGAUUGAAGCAUGGAUGCAGGCAGGAGGGCCCGCUCUGCAGGAGGGAGCAGUUUCCUGCAGAAAUUGCAGUUCAGCUAAAUCAAGUCAAAAAGGGUUUGCAUUUCAGCUAAAUCAAGUAAAAAAGACUGGCGGUGCUUAAACUUGCUAAAAGAUAAAUGUGUGGUGCUUUGUUCAAAGAAAGGUCAUGAAAUAGGAAUCAGUACAAAAUUAUCUACCAGAGAGUAAGCUGGCCCCCUCCCACCUUGGAGACCCCUUCCUGGUGUCAGGAAUAAACGCUUCUGCCCUGGAGAAGCAGGGCCGGGGGGCAGCGCCUGGCUCCGUCCCUACGCCUCCUCUCUCUGCCCCAGCAGCCGAGAGUUUCUCUUCACAGGGUCCUGGUGUGGGGAUGGGAGCUGAGUGUGGUCUGUGUCCUGCUGGGGAGAGGCGGGCCUCAGUGUGCUGAUCUGAGGUGUUGCUCCUGGAAAUGGGAAAAGUGAGAUCCCCCCAAGGUGCUUCUGUCCUUGCAGACCCGAGUGCUGGAGGAGAGAGUUCUGAUACUUUGUUUUAUCUUUCUCGGUUAUUUACAAGUGAGCAGUCCUGUUUAGAUGCCCUUCUAAUGCUCCUCUUCCUCACAAGUCAUAGCAGAUUUAGCGCAUUACCAGGUACACCAAACCCUGCUGUUCUUAAGAGGCCAUGGUUGGUCCUGAUGGGACAGAUGUCAGCCGACGGGAUAACCUUAGAACCCCAUGUUUUAUUUUUGUGUGUUGUGGGUUUUUUUUUAAAGCUUUGUCUGUCACUUCGGUAGUCCUUGUGAGGCCCAUCCAGGGAGAUGGCCACCCACUUCCCCAUGAAAUGCGGUGCGGCGAGCCUCCCACAUCCUCUGGGCUGCUGGGGCCGCUUUGCAUCCUCCUUCCUCACCAUGGAGCUCCAUUCAGCCUGGGCACUUGGAUAUUUAUAUUUGCUGGAGUUUUAUAAUAAAUUUUAUAUUGUACAGCAUACUUCAGAGCCACUCGUGGUUCUUCACAAGAUUUCCUUCUGAGACCUGAGGGCCGGCAUGGAGAUGGGGGAACUGGUCCCAGAGAGAAAAACCGGGCACUGGAAUCCAAUAGGAAGGACUGGAACUGGGCUGAGAAAGGGCCCCCAGGAGUGGGGGCUGCAAGGAAGACAGCUGGAAACCGGGGUGGCGGUGGCCCGAGUAGAAGUUGGCAAUGCCACUGGGGCUCCCGGGCUGGUGACCAAGUUUUUUGGGGGACUCCAUCUGCAGCCUCCCUCCUGGGGUGCAGGUAUAAUUAAAAGGCAGCCCCUGACCUUGUUGUGAUCCUUGCUUCAUUCAUCAGGGGUCACUAGAGA